AUGACAAAUGUGGAUGAAGGAAAAGUUGCGUUGAAAUAUAUGGGAGAGGAGUAUUAUCAGGAUUCUUUGAAUGUGAUGAUGAAAGGAAAUUAUAUUGAGUUGGUGAGAAUCCAAAUUGUCUUCACGACCAUUGAUUUUUCAAAUAAUAAUUUCAAAGGAAAGAUGCCAAAGAUAAUUGGGAGGCUAAAAUUACUGAAGGGGCUUAACUUUUCUCACAAUAACCUUACAGGUUAUAUUCCAUCAUCAUUUGGAAAUUUGAAAAAUCUUGAAUGGUUAGACCUCUCUUUCAACAAGCUUAUCGAGGAGAUUCCUGGGCAAUUGGUAGAUCUACCAUGGCUUGAAGUCUUAAAGUUGUCACAUAACCAACUUACAGGACACAUAACUUCAGGAAAGCAAUUCAAUACAUUUGAUAAUGAUUCAUACACUGAAAACCUAGGAUUAUGUGGCUUUCCAUUGUCAAGAAUAUGCAACAACCAUUGA